UGGAUUAAAGGCCUGCACCUUGCACCACUUAGAUUUGGGGGUGGGGGGAACAGGGUCUUUUUAUAUAAUAUUGCAAACCCGAAAUCCUUAUCCUCCUGUCUCAUGUCCCAGCCUCCCAAGUGCUGGGAUUACAGGCAUGUGUCACCAGGCUUGGUAAGGUCUUGAGGAGGGGGUUGAAAUUUUAAAGAAAAAGUUAGGAUACUUGGGGGUAGGACAUGAAGAUUCUGGAAAUGAGGGUGGGGUUGGGUAAGGAGGCUUAAAGUUGGGGUUCUGUUACUGGUGACAGUAUUUGGAUCUGAGUUUUGAAUGGUAUCUGCAGGUCCCUGAUAUAAUAGUGUGUCAGAUUUGCCCGGAUUUAGAGCGGGCAGUCCAUCCUACAGCAUCAGCUAAUAUUUUCUUUUUUGGGGGGGAUGGGAUUGGAUUUUUUUUAAUGUAUACAGUAUUCUGCACUACAUGUAUGCCUGUGUACCCUAAGAGGGAACCAGAUCUCAUUAUAGAUGGCUGUGAGCCACCAUGUGGUUGCUGGGAAUUGAACUCAGGACCUCUGGAAGAACAACCAGUGCUCUUAACCUCUGAGCCAUCUCUCCAGCCAAGCCUUUUCUAUAAAAGACCAGGUAAUGAAUUAUUUCAGGCCAUACAAUCAUUGAUGCAGUUCUGCUAUUUUAGAAUGAAAGCAGCCAUCAUUUGUUUCCAUAGAAUUUAAUUUACAAAGAUAGGCAGUGGGCUGGACUUAAUUCUUGGCUUGUAAUUUGCUUACCUUUCUGUUUCAUUGGCAUGUUCAAGUUUAUUUUGUGAAGGGUUAUUUUUUCUUUUUGUUUUCUUUUCCUUUUGUUUAUUUGUUUCUUUUUUGGACAAGGUCUGGCUAUGUAGCCCAGACUGGCCUGGAACUCUCUAUCUUGUUGCCUCAGCCUCUCCAGAUCUGGGAUCAUAGGCACUCAUCACCUCCCUAGAUCUGGGAUCUUAGGUGCUCAUCACCUCCCCAGAUCUGGGAUUAUAGGUACUCAACACCAUGCCCUGGUGAAGGGUUGUUUUCAUGUUGACAUGUCUGGAAGGAGAUGGGCCAAAGAUGCAGGAGAGUAAGCGUCUGCUACUUGCUGGUGUCAUGUGGAGCUCCCUACUACCAUCGUGGUCCUGAGAUUGAGUGACUACCUGCUAUUUGCCAUCAUCUCCCAGCAUGGACAGGGGCAGCCUCCUGCCCUUCCAGCUCUGGUGCCCCCGGCCCUUCGGCACAUAUUCCCAGAACCAACCACGCCCACCUUCUGCAGCCCUCAAGCCGCCAGCCUGCUCUGACACAAGCAGUGGAACUGAGCCUGACCAUGGACCUGCACACUCAGAGAACACACCACCUACCUUGACUGCAGAAGCCCCCACCUCCCAACAUGCUCCACUUCUCUCUUCAACAGCUGCUGGUGAUGAGGGCCGAGUCCUGCUGGACACAUGGUAUGUAAUCAAGCCUGGAAACACAAAGGAAAAGGUGGCCUUCUUUGUAGCCCACCAGUGUGGUGGAGGUAGCCGGGCUAGCUCUAUGAAGAUCAAAGGGCACUGGGGCAGCGAUAGUUCCAAAGCCAAGAGGAGGAGGCGCUGCCUUGAGCCCACGAAGGCUCCUCCAGACCCAGGGGGCAGAAGAGGAGCCCCUGCCACUGAGGGGGCCCCCACGACAUCCGGAGAUGAUGUAGACCUGCUCUCCGUAGCGGAAAUGGUGGCCCUGGUCGAACAGAGAGCUGCCUUGGCCCUGCAGAGUUACCCACGCCCCACCACCCCAGCUCCGGUGGUCUUUGUGUCAGCUGAGCAGGGGGGACCAGCCAAGGGGUUAGGGUCAGAAAAACGAUCUGGUGGUGGUGACUGUAGCCGAGUUGCUGAGGCAGUGGCCCACUUUGAGGCCCAGCGGGACAGCCCUCCAACCAAGGGUCUCCGCAAGGAGGAGCGGCCAGGUCCUGGGCCUGGUGAGGUACGUAUCGCUUUCCGCAUCUCCAACGGCCGAGAGCCCUGUUCACCAGAUGGCAAUUUACCUACUUGGAGUGGAGGCCAGCCUGGUAGUCCCUACCCUGGUAGUCCCGGGCCUGGGGCUCGAGCCAAAGACAAAAUCACCUGCGACUUGUACCAGCUUAUCAGUCCCUCCAGGGAUGCCCUUCCCAGCAACAUGGAGUUCCUCCUGGCCAGGGCAGACGAAGCCAGUGAAGGUGAGACACCAACCCCGGCCAGGCCUGAGGAUACUCCCCCAGCCCCUCCUCCACCCCCUGCCAGGGACUGUGGAGCAUCAGGGUUCCAUGUGGAUGUGGUGGUGACAGGUGUAGUGGAUGAGUGCAUCUUCUUUGGCAAAGAUGGCACCAAGAACGUAAAGGAAGAGACUGUCUGCCUGACAGUGAGCCCUGAGGAGCCACCCCCACCUGGCCAGCUCUUUUUCCUCCAGUCCCGGGGUCCAGAAGGGCCGCCUGAGCCACCCCCAGCUGAUACACCAAGUACAGUGCCAGGUCCCGACGAUUCGGAGGGCCCAACGGACACCUCCCUGUGCCGCCUGUACCGGCAUGUGUCGCAUGACUUCCUGGAGAUUCGCUUCAAAAUCCAGCGACUUCUGGAGCCACGGCAGUACAUGCUGCUGCUGCCUGAGCAUGUGCUGGUCAAGAUCUUCAGCUUCCUGCCCACCCGAGCCCUGGCAGCCCUUAAGUGUACCUGCCACCACUUUAAGGGCAUCAUCGAGGCUUUUGGUGUGCGUGCCACGGACUCGCGCUGGAACCGGGACCCACUCUAUCGCGAUGACCCUUGUAAGCAGUGCCGCAAGAGAUAUGAGAAGGGCGAUGUGUCACUCUGCCGCUGGCACCCCAAGCCCUACCACCACGACCUGCCUUAUGGACGUUCCUACUGGAUGUGCUGCCGCAGAGCCGAUCGCGAGACACCAGGCUGUCGCUUGGGCCUGCACGACAACAACUGGGUGCUGCCGUGCAAUGGAGUGGGCGGGGGCCGAGCUGGUCGGGAAGAGGGAAGGUGAAGCCCGGGGAUGAGGGGACACCUGCUAUACCUAACCCCUUCCCGCUUUGCUGGGAGCUGGGGACCAGGACUGAGUCACCAGCCAACACCUACCAGUCCAUCCAGCGUUGAUCUCCCGCUAGAACUGGGACCAGGUUUGGGGGUCGGUGGGUAAAUACCCUGGUUGACCCCUGUUGGUUUUCUACUCUUCAGAGCCAGGGCCAUGGACCCUCAGAGAGGGUUAUGUUUUUUGUUUUUUAUCAGCAUCUCAAUUGCGCCUGUGUCAAGCCCCAACUCCAUCCCUGAGUCUCUCCACCCCAGGGACCCACCAGCAGGGAGCAGAUGGCAGCUAAUUUUGGUACCACCUGAGGCUUUCCUCAAGCUGGCCCUCCCCAUUCUGUGCCUCCCCGAGUUCUUUGUUCACCCAAAGGGCUGCAGUCUCAAAGGUUGACACCUCCAGGCCAUUAGCUUGCAACUCAAGUCAGCACUUUUUGGAGGCAGGCAGCCCACCAUUUCUAGAUGUUUUCCUCAUUAAAUAAAAAAAUGAUUUCUUCUGAACUACAGUCUCUCCCUCCCCCACCCCAGGGAAAGUGGGGGAGAUCCCCUCAAGUAUAGAGAUCCCUCUUUAAGCUCUUGUCACUGACUCCCCAGUAAAGCUGUGAAGCCCCUUUCCUCAAAGGGCAAGGACAGUGGGUCUGAAUUUCAGGUGAUCUUCCUUCCACAUGGGGUACUCAGGCCUUCGGGUCUCUGCACCUUCCUCCCCACACCUCAAGUUUCUUUAGAAUCCUUUGCUUAGGUAGGCCUUGAUUUUUAGGCAAGAUUUUUGGUCCAAGAUUUUUUUUUUUAAUUUAUUUUUCUAUUGGUUUUUCGAGACAGGGUUUACUGUGUAGUCCUGACUAUGCUGGAACAAACUCUGUAGACCAGGCUGGCCUCAGACUCAGAGAUCUGCCUACCUCUGCCUUUUGAGUGCUGGGAUUAAAGGCCUGGGCCACCACCACCUGUCAGUUCAAGACCUUUUUGUUUAAGGUUUUUCCUCUUUUGGGGGUUUUUUAUUUUGUUUGUUUUCUCUUUCAUUGUUCUGGAAGCUUCUAGUGUGUGGCAUCUGACCAAUUUUGAAUUGGUCCUUUCUAUAAAAUCAAUAUUUAUAAAGCA